CAGUUUUCCAGCAGAGCUAAGUCAUUUAAAAAAUACUACCACGUCCGAGUAAUACUAGAGUAUAGAGUCUAUCUCCUCCUUGGGGUUCAAGCAGGUGGAUACAGAGAUAAUCAAAUCGGAAUUAUGUUGCUGUGUACGUGACUUGAAAGUUUUGUGAGACUUUCUUGUAUUUCUCUGUGGCAGAUGCAAUCCACAAAUAGAAUGAAUCCCCGCACGAAGCUUUCCCUCUUGAACGCCUUCUUCAGAAUCAGAUACCCUUUUCGCCAAUCCCCAAUUACUCCCUUCACUCCACCGACCCACGUCACGUCCACCUUAAAGUUUCACUCUUUUUCAAACAUCCCGAACACCCAUUUCGCGAUUCGGUGUAAUCGAAGGAGUUUGAGUGGUGGGUCUGGCGAGUUGGAUCACACGAAGGAGGUGGACAGCAUCAACCUCAAGUUCGCGGAAGCCAGGGAAGAGAUAGAGAUGGCGUUGGAGUCUAAAGAUACUGUUUAUUUCGACGAAGAAGCUGAGUGUGCACGUGCAGCCGUCAAUGAGGUUUUGGGCAUGUUUGAGGGAUUGUUGGCUAAGCUGCCAGAGAGGGGAAGAGGGGCUUUGCAGAGGUCUAUGGGUCUCAAAAUUGAACAAUUGAAGGCUGAAAUUCGACAAUUGGAUGAGUAAGAGGAGGCUGCUCACACCAGGGCUACACACCGUUUGAACUCAUGAACAGCAGAUCCUUUUAUUAGCUCAGAACCGCCCAAUGGUGUCUGUCAUUGCUUGCCAUGUCAAGGACCAGCUUGAGCUCUCCUUUUACUUCUUAGUCAAUUACCUUUGUUUCUAUUGCAAGACACAUUCUUUGUAGACAAUAAUUAAAUAAAUCAUCUCCAAAUCUGAAAACUAGUUUUGUUUAAUUUUUUUUUUUACAGAUUAACUGUUCAAGCCUAGUGUUUAUUUAAUAUUUUGACUGGAGAGCUAAUCCUAGGAUGUUACGAAUAUUAUUGACUUGAAUAAAAUUGCCUCCCGUGAAGAUA